UCUCAGGCUCCGGCGUCUGGGGAGAAGGUGAGGCGGAUAGGUAUGAGGUGAAGGAGUGCAGACUGGGUGCAGAAGAGGUGUGGCGAGAGAGAGAGGUCAUUUCUCUCCUGCUGGACCGGCUUUGUUAGCAAAGGAGGGUUAUAAUUAUUCGGUAUGUUCCCACUGACUGAGGAAAACAAGCAUGUGGCCCAGUUGUUGCUCAGUACUGGUACUUGUCCAAGAUGUAUCUUCAGAUUCUGUGGUGUGGAUUUUCAUGCACCUUACAAACUUCCAUACAAGGAGUUGCUCAAUGAACUACAGAAAUUUCUGGAAACUGAAAAAGAUGAAUUAAUUUUGGAAGUUAUGAACCCACCUCCCAAGAAAAUUCGACUGCAAGAACUGGCAGAUAGUAUUGGUAAUCUAAGUCAAAACGGAGAGGGAAGGAUCUCUGUUAGUCAAGAUGGAAGCAUUGCUUCCAAGAACUCAAAUUUAAAUGUAUGUAAUGUAUGCCUAGGAAUUCUUCAAGAAUUCUGUGAGAAAGAUUUCGUUAAAAAGGUGUGCCAAAAGGUUGAGGCCUCUGGGUUUGAAUUCACCAGCUUGGUAUUUUCAGUCUCCUUCCCACCACAACUAUCUGUAAGAGAGCAUGCUGCAUGGUUGCUGGUAAAACAGGAAAUGGGAAAGCAGAGUCUGUCGCUGGGAAGAGAUGAUAUAGUUCAGCUAAAAGAAGCCUACAAAUGGAUAACUCACCCCCUGUUUUCAGAGGAACUGGGUGUUCCCAUUGAUGGAAAGAGCUUGUUUGAAGUGAGUGUGGUCUUUGCUCACCCAGAAACAGUUGAGGAUUGCCACUUCCUAGCUGCGAUAUGCCCAGAUUGUUUUAAGCCAGCCAAAAACAAACAGUCUGUAUUCACUAGAAUGGCAGUUAUGAAAGCCUUGAAUAAGAUAAAAGAAGAGGAUUUCCUUAAGCAGUUUCCUUGUCCUCCAAACUCACCAAAGGCUGUAUGCACUGUUCUUGAAAUUGAAUGUGCUCAUGGUGCUGUUUUUGUGGCUGGAAGGUAUAAUAAAUACUCCAGGAAUCUACCACAAACUCCUUGGAUAAUUGAUGGAGAAAGAAAGCUGGAAUCUUCAGUGGAAGAGUUAAUUUCAGAUCAUCUGUUGGCAGUAUUCAAGGCAGAGAGUUUUAAUUUUUCAUCCUCUGGAAGAGAAGAUGUAGAUGUGAGAACAUUAGGAAAUGGAAGGCCCUUUGCAAUUGAGCUGGUGAAUCCUCAUAGAGUACAUUUCACUUCACAAGAAAUUAAGGAACUUCAGCAGAAAAUUAAUAACUCAUCCAACAAAAUCCAAGUACGUGACUUGCAGCUUGUCACAAGAGAGGCAAUAGGACAUAUGAAAGAAGGUGAAGAAGAAAAGACAAAGACCUACAGUGCCUUAAUAUGGACAGAUAAAGCGAUCCAGAAGAAAGACAUUGAAUUCCUAAAUGACAUAAAGGACUUAAAGAUCGACCAGAAAACACCUUUGCGCGUGCUUCACCGAAGGCCCCUGGCUGUGCGAGCUCGCGUCAUUCACUCCAUGGAGACGCAGUAUGUGGAUGAGCACCACUUCCGCCUGCGCUUGAAAACUCAGGCCGGCACGUAUCCUUCCACCUGCUGCACUGCCGCCAUCGAGCCAGAACCCUGUUGGAAAAGUACAUGCUGCCCUGGAAAACAGGGUCAGCUUGGUCUGGGAGGGAUUCGGGAAAGGAUUAUACUGCAGAAGAAUAUUUUUGUUUCUUGGAUGUGUUUUUUUCCCACUAAAUUUGUUUUUCAAAAUGAUUCUAAACACUGAGGUAGCAGUGAGUUCAAUGUCAGCUUUAAAGUUACGUUUCCUGUAAUUGCAGUGUCUUACACAGUGCUGAGCGCAUAGUAUUCAGAAAAUACUUUUGAUGGAUUCAUUUGCUAUCUUGACAUUAUUUGCAAGUCACGUAUUUAUGACCAUAUUUAGGUCUUUUCAACAUUUCAAGUAUUUGCCUCAGAUGAUUAAACACAGGUAGUAGUAGAUGGGAAUAGCACUACUUUACAUCAUGAUCUUUACUUGGCCACUGGCCUAGUACAACAGAGAAUAUCUUUACGUGCCUUGUGAAAAAAACAAAACUAAAACGACUCAGAUGACAUAUCAUUAGCACCAUUUUCAGACUGCAAAGAGCUUUGACUGUAUUACAGAAAGGUUGAGAUUCAGAGUUAAAAUAUCCAUAGUCCAAGGCUGAUAAUUUGUUCAUAAUCUAACCUGACCUGUUAUGAUUUUUGUAUCAGAACUGAGUCGCUGAUUAAAAUAUAUCAGGGACCUCUAACAGGCUUAGCUUUAGUUUACUUUUUGAAGGUCUUCCUAGUUUUUGUUUGCUUCUUGGUUUUAUAUUAUUAUGUGAUCCAAUAGCAUGAAGUGACAAAGUGCCUUCUAACUGGUAUAGAAUUAAUGAUGUACUAUUGUAUGUGUGUGUGUAUAUAUACACAUACAUACACACUAUAUAUAUAUGGAAAAAAAGCAAGUUUUAAUUACCAAAUACCAUUCUUACUAUAUUGCUGUAACUAGUCUGCCUGUCCUUCCCCACCAACCUGCAUUCACUUCUUCCCCUGCGCCACCCCGGGACCUGGAUUUACUCAGCUAAGCCAAGUAUAGGUUAUCUACUCUUAAAAUCUUCUAAAUUUUGUAAUUUGCAUCAAUUUCAAUUUAGACUCCAGUGGAUAGAUCUUUGUAUCUUUGUUGUUUGGAGCAUAUUUGCCUAUUAUGGAUGGAAUUUCAAAUCAUGUAUGUAUUUUUAAAAAUCUUCUUACCUAAUCUUGGCCUUUAGUUUUGGUGGGCCAAGGAGAAAUGUCUUUUGUAGAAUAUGAUGUCUUUUCAAUCCUAUUAAAACAUUUUUAGAACCAGCCAUGUACAUGUACUUAAGGUUUUAGCCAAGAAAGACUAUGUGUUAAAGCUUUAGAUGCCACAUGGUAAUACAUAGAAGUAUAUGAAUUUUUCACUUACUAAAUUUACUUUAUAUAUACCUUAUAUAUUUACAUUGAUCAGUGCACUGAGAUAGCUCAUUUGACUUAAACCUUGUCCCUCUGGUUAGGAAUAAGAACUUCUCUGGAUGUUUUAGCUGGUUAUUCUGGGGCUAUUUGGUUUUCUCUCUCCAUCAUUGCUACGCAGAAGGGGAUUCUUUAAAGAAAAUGAGAGACAAUAAAUAACAAUUGUUGGGUAGUUGUGAGUUUAUCAAAAAAGACAGUUACUAGAUAAUUAUGUGUCUUGUGCUUUAGUUAAAACAUUUGGCAAAAGUAGAGUGAGUAAAACGUUCAGAAAGUGAGGACAUAAUAUCAGUAUAUUAUAGUAUAGAUUUUUCACCGUCUAGAAACAAAUUUGUUUCUCUAUUCAAGUUCCAUUAAUUAUUUUCUACUAAAUGCUGGUUUGUAGAACAAAACAUAAUGCUGCAUUUUUACUGAAUAGUGGCAAAAACAAAUCUUUUAGAUAAAUAUUGUCAAAGCUGCAGUACAGUCCUGUGUAAGGAAUGUUAAUCUUAAAAAUAAAUUCUAGAAUUAGUUAUUGAUUUCAAAAUUUGAAGACCUAUGAGGGAAAUACAAAGUUGCCCCUUAAAAAAAGAGAGAAUUAACUUAGUUCUUUUGCUAACCAUGUUAGCAAACUAGAUGGUAGGUCUUUGGUAAUCCUUCUGAAGAGCCGUCAUUAAUACUAAACUAAUAGUCUCAUUAUUCCUUCCAUCCUAUUGCCUCUGGGUCAUGUUACAAUGCCAUCAUUGAGAUCAUUCUGUGUGUGGCGCUGUGGAAACCUACCAUCUGGCAGGUGACAGUUGCCAUUAUUAAAAAAUGGGACUAACAAGAUGAUAAUAUAGAAAUUGUGGCCAAGUUGUUUUUUAAUAAAAGCAUUCAGCUAUAGUUAAUUUUUAAAAUCCACAUCCAAACCUUGGCACUUGGAGAUGAGCUAUAAAAAAAAAAGAGUAAUGAUUUUUGGUAAGUUUGAUGUAAACACAUUUCCCAGGCUCUGAUGUUGGCUGCCAGCCUACUAGGAAUCACCUUGCCAAAGCUUUUUUUUUAAGACACAAGUCAGAGCUCAGAAAUAACCUCUCUUUUGUAACAUUUAUGCUCUUGUUAUCAUUUUUGCCUGUCAAAUCUUACCAAAUAGUUGGCACAGCAUGCUGUCUUCAUUUUUUCCUUAAACAAACCCCAGCUACAUUAAAGAGUUUGUACAUGGAGACUUCGGGAGAACCAAGCCAAACAUUGGGUCCCUGAUGAAUGUGACCGCAGACAUUCUUGAGCUGGAUGUUGAGGUAAACCAUUUUAUUACGGAAUGCACA